UUGUAGGGCAUGGAUAAACCCUUUUUUCUUGCCACAUGUACGUUUGAAGGGAAAGGAGGUUACUCUCAUUACAUCUGUAGUUCGGAUCCCAGUAAAACGUGAUGUGUUUUCAGCAACCAAAGUGGGGUUUGUAUGCAGUGCUGUUUCUCUUUUCAGGCAUGUCAUUGCUCAGAGUGGAAUUGCAGUCAUAGAUUGCUCAUGGGCCAAAUUAGAAGAAACUCCAUUUCAGAGAAUGAGAGGGAGUCACCUACGGCUGCUGCCUUACUUGGUGGCUGCAAACCCCGUGAACUAUGGUCGGCCAUGCAAGCUGUCCUGCGUGGAAGCUUUUGCUGCAGCUUUUUGCAUUGCUGGAUUCCCUGACCUAGCCACCAUUCUUCUAAGGAAAUUUAAAUGGGGUAAAGCAUUCAUUGACUUGAACAAAAAUCUCUUGGAAAAAUACGCAGCCUGUCAGUGCCAGGAAGAAGUACUGAGAGUUGAAAAGGACUUUUUAGCCAGUGUCCAAGAAACAAAUGACGAAGAAAUAGAUCCAUUUGAUGUUGACUCAGGAAAAGAGUUUUCUAAUCCAAACAGACCCAUCCACUCCCCAGGACUAGCGGAAAGUAAUGAAGAAUCUGAGGAGGACAGCAUGAGCACUCCAGAUGAGGCCACUGAAAGCAGUGAUGACAGCGGACCAGAAGAUCACAGCUCUGUAAAGUUGCUGCAACAACAGCCAAUAAAUCAACUAUUUGAAAAUUAAAGAAACCAAACCCACAAAAAUCCCCAACAAGCCCAAAGGGUUCUAACAUCUUGAAUAAAAAAAAACUUUCUUGUGAA